UCAACACUGAAAAAGAGAUAAAAAAAUGGCAUUAGAAGCCGUGGUUUUCCCACAAAAUCUCUUAAGCUGUAACGUAAAGGAGUUCUACGGGCUUACGGAGGAAGAAGAAGAGCAGGCGUUUUAUGGAAAUUGGGAGGUUGCUUACAGUUCUCUGGCACAGGGAUUUGAAGAAUGGAAUACAUAUUCCUCAAAUUUAACGCCACCACGGCAUGAAUUUGAAUGCACGGCGAAUGUGGCGGCAGCGGCCGGAGUUGAAGAAGAAAGGAGUGGGAGAAAGAAGAGGCGGCGGAACAAGACUUCGAAGAAUGAGGAGGAAGUAAAGAACCAGAGAAUGACUCACAUUGCUGUGGAAAGAAACCGGCGCAAGCAGAUGAACUAUUAUCUUGCUCUCCUCCGAUCCCUCAUGCCUCCUUCCUAUGUCCAAAGGGGUGAUCAGGCUUCCAUCAUAAGCGGCGCCAUAAACUUUGUGAGAGAGCUGGAGCAGUUCCUCCAGUUCCUUGAAGUCCAGAAACACCUCAAACAACAAAUAAAGACUGAAGAACAAGACGUCUCUUCACCAAUCAAUCCGCUGACAAAUUUCUUCACCUCCCCCCAGUAUACUUCUCCGCCGUCGGCGGCCGCCAUCGAAGUUGGAAUUGUGGAGAGCCAUGCCAACCUGAAACUGCUAUCUCGCCGGCAGCCGAAGCAGCUCCCGGGGCUGCAGAAUCUUCAGCUCACCAUUCUACACCUCAAUGUUACUUCCGUUGAACCUAUGGUCUUAUAUUGCUUCAGUCUGAAGGUAGAAGAUGACUGUCGGCUGAAUUCGGUGGAUGAAAUCGCAGCUGCAGUUCAUGAAAUUGUGUUGAAGAAUCAGGAAGAGGAAGAAAUUUUGCUGAGAUAAUUGUAUUUUGCUGUGCUGUAAUUUGUACUCAUUGUUCAACCAGUUCACGCUGCUGUUUAUUUCAGAGGGA